AUGGUAAAAGGUGGAAAAAAACCUUCUUCAAUGAGCAAUGGUGGACAAUGGUUUGCUCACACAGUUUUACCAGCGAGUAAAGGAGAGGAGAGGCGAGACCGCAGGACUUGUACAAGCACCGGGAUCAUGCUUUGUCAGGUUGAAUCCUCGUUGCCUCAGGCUUUGAGCUUUGAACGCCAUCCUAAAUGGAAAAGUCAACAGGAAUCCAGGGAGUAUCCACUCUCAGACCAUGACAACAAGCAUUCCUUAAAAGAUAACAUUGCUGUCUUCACUCAUGGUGUAGGACUGAGAAAGUGUCCUGUCGAACGCAAGCAGCAAAUCUCUCACUUCAGCCUCUGCCCCGAUGGAGCUGACAGAGACACGUCAGAGACUGGAGGGAACGUCUCAGCCUACCAGACAGACUUCAAGGUGAAGCCGACGGCUGCUUUUUCAGCGGGCUACAGCCGGUUCACCCGCAACCACAAGCAGAAGGCUGCAGAGGCAGCUUCAGCACGGGCAGGGCAGCGCUUCCUGUGGUUUGGACGACAUGACCUGGAAGAGACCCCACAGAAGCAGUCGGCCCUCAGUUCCUCAGCAAUGUCUUUGUUCAGUCUGGUGCAGCCUGAGGCACUAGAUGGUGUCGCCGAGGCGGUCAGGUGACCGCUGUUGGAUGGUUCAGCUGUUAAAUACAAACUCAAUUAUUUGUAGAAUAACAAAGAGCAAAUCAGGUGUGACAGGCCUAUGAAUAAUUGAAUGUGUGCAUGUUAAUCAUAAAAAUGUCUGUCGUGAUUUAAAUGUUGUUAUGUGAUUGUGUGAGAUGGACAGACUACUAUGUGAAUUACUUUAAAAGUAUAAAAGGUUCAUAGGUGCUGACAUCAGCAACUCUGCGACUUGUGUACCAACAUUUUAGGCAACUAUCUGAGUUGUUUUCCUGAGUCGAGAUGGCAUACAGAUGCAUUUCUUCCAGUCACGAACAAAUUUUUCUGAUUAUUAACACCACACGAGUGCACCAUCAGUCUCGUAAUCAAUCAUGGAUGGGUUUUCCAGUGUCACAUGCAAUGAACCAAUCAGAGUGCCAUUUCCCCAUCCC